UGGCCGAUACUCAUGAAAGUGUUUGGUGAAUCUAGUGAAGAUGUGCUGGUCGUUGCAGUAUAUUGUGGAGAUACGAAACCACAGUCCGUGGAGGAGUACCUAAGAACAUUUGUAAAUGAGCUGAACAACUUGCAGGAGAACGGCAUAAUGGUUAACGGCCGCAGAUAUGAAAUAAUGUUGCGAGCAAUCAUUGCAGAUACUCCGGCUCGUGUAUUUAUUAAAGGUGUCAAAUCAUUCAACUCGUCUAGUGGCUGUUUGAAAUGCACUGUAAAGGUCAUAAAAGAUCGGGAAACGAAACGAUCCUACUAUGAUGGAAUUAACGGACAGCCUCGAACAGAUGAGCUAUUCAAAGCGAAGCAUUAUAAAACUCACAUAAAAAAUGACACACCUCUUACCGAUCUGCAUAACUGUGAUAUAAUCAAAAGUAUAAUUAUUGCUGACGAUCUACAUCUAUUUCAUUACGGAGCUCUAAGAAAACUAUUGAAAGGUUUUACGCAGGGUAAUUUUGGAAAUGAGCCUAAGCUUACUUUCAAACAUCGUAAAGAGAUUUCUUCUUUUUUACGAAUGCUAAAAUUACCAUGUGAGAUUCCUCGCAAAAUGCGAGGCCUAAAUUUGUUAAAAAUAUGGAAAGCUUCCGAAUUUCAAAGCUUUCUUCUCUACGCUAGUGUGGAAGUUCUUAAAGGGCGAAUAACUGAUAGAGCUUAUAAUCAUUUUAUGUUACUGUUUCGUGCCGCAACUUUUUUUUCAUCUCAUGUCUACGAAAAUUAUUGGGAAUAUGCAGGAAGACUCUUAGAUCUGUUUGUAGAAGAUUUUCCGGAAGUAUAUGAUAAAACGCUUUUAUCUAGCAAUAUACAUAACCUGCAUCAUGUGUAUGAAGAUGUUCGUGAAUUUGGACCUUUGCCUACAAUAUCAUCUUACAUUUAUGAAGGUCAUCUACAAAACAUGAAACGAGUUACGCGCAGUAAAAAAAAAUGUUUAGAACAAAUAAGAAAUAGAAUCAAGGAACUACGUUAUUUAAAUUCAGCAAAGAAAAAACCAAACUCAAAAUUUCCUUUUAUCAAAAUAAAAGGCAAUAAUACCGUGAUGCAUAUAAAUCGAAAUUUUAUACUCAGAAAUGAUCAGAGAAACCAAUGGUUUAUGACGAAAGAUAAUUCUAUUUUUCUAUAUAGUUCAGCGAUAGAAACUUCCACGGGCAUACUUAUUCAAGCAAAAAAAAUUGAUUCUAAAAGUAUUAGUUUCUCCCAACCAUGUCCUUCAUCCUAUUUAAAUAUUUAUGAUGCAAAUAUGGUAGAUCUUUCUAAUGUUUUUAUUACAAUCCCCGUUUCGGAUGUGAAAUGCAAACUAGCUGCCAUACCGAAAACAAUGACUAACAUAAUGGAUAACAUCUCAUAUAAGUUUAUUCCUGUACAUAACACAUUUUUGAACACAUGAAACCUUAAAAUUAUGUAAAUUCCUGCUUGACGAUUUUCAUUUGUUAAUUUACCAAAAAAUAAACGAUGCGGAUAACGUGAAAAAAUAUGUUUUGUCAAUUCAUUUAAUUUAUUAUAAAUUCUGUUCAUCACAUAAUUCAAGCUGUUACUUUACUUUAGAGAUCUUUAGAGAUACUUUACGUUGGACGUAAUGUGAAUAAGUUUUAGGAAAGAAAAAAAUGUUUAGUAUACAUAGCGACGAUGUAUAGACGUUUCUCUAUUGCCUACCAAAUUCACUCGAUUCUUAGCAUAUUUCAAUUUCUUCAACAUAAAUUCUUUAACCUUUUUUUCAGUACACCUUAUUAAAUUCGAACUUCCUACUCGCAUAAAUAGUUUCAAUGCAUGUUUGAAGCUUCUCAUCGGAAUUUUUUUAUCUGGCCGGCCUUCACCAGUCCAGCUACAUAAUGGAAGAAAUUCUUUUUCAAAUACCAGAUCCAGUAUUUGGUGUAGACGAUUAUCUAUGUCUUCUCUGGACA